UACAAAUGCAUAAAAAGCAGUUCCUAAAAAUUGCACUUCAGCUUCACAUUUCAACAACAAUAGAAUGCCGAGAAUAUUGCAAAUAUGUCCAGCAAUAAUUACACGUUAUAUUAACCAUUAACCAGUGCGAAAGCACACAAAAACAGUUUGGCAUCACUCCUCACAAGCAACAAAGCUAAUACAAAUACUUGAAACAUCGCUGGGCACAAAAUUUUAGUGACAGAGAAAUCUCACUACCACCAUCAGAGCGCAUGGUUUUCGAAUUUUUGAUAAUCUCCGUGAACAAAUUAUCGAUUUUUGUAUAAUAAACAUUUCAUCAUAAACAAAACUGACUUUCGUCCAUACAUUCGGUGUGUUAAAGCAUAAAUCGAUCGAUACAUUGCGGUUUCUGCGGGAUUCUAGGUGAAACCCGUCAUGGAAACUGCCACGGUUACCGCCCUGCUGGAAAUUCCGAGCACCAAUCCGAUUUCGUAUUGCCGUCUUUGCUUGUCCAGCUCCUUGGUGGAACCACUUUAUCCGUGUAAUCCGAAGCAGGAUCUUAUCGAUCUGAUCGCUAAAAAUGUCCACGUUGUUCUGAUAAACGAAGAAGACCUCCCAUGUGCUGUUUGUCAGAAUUGUCGUUUUAAAUUGGAAGAUUUUGAGCGAUUUCGUGACCAGUGUCAGAAGUUGGAUAACUUCAUACGUACUCGAAAAAGAGAGUUGGCUAUUUUACAGGAAGCAGUUGCUGUGCCACAACUCGAUGAUACAGGUGCCAUAAUGGUAGCCGAGGCGAUUGACAUUAAGGCCGAUCCGGAAGCGCUACUGGGUGAUGAAGACAGUUUGCCAUACGUGCUGACCGAAGACAGCUGGCACAGGUGUAAAUUUUGUUCCGAGGCAUUUCAAAGCUUGUCGGUGUUGGUAGAGCACUUCAAAAUGCGUCACCCAGAUGAAUCAAAAAUGUAUAAAUGUCCCAACUGCUCACAAUCGUACUCGGUCGAAUGUAGCGGAUCAACUAGCCCUGCAUUCAAAUGUGACGAGUGUGAUGCAGGGUUCAGCAAUCGGGUUGGCUUGUCUCGUCACAAGGAUCGUUAUCAUGACAAAUCAUCACCGAAUUAUUCCACGGAACGACACAAAUGUGAUUACUGUCCAAGCGUAUUUGUUGAUUCAAAGCAGCGUUCCAAACAUCAGAUACAAAUGCAUAUCAGUACAAGUGGAGGUGCAAAAAAUACAUCCCAGGUGGACGGGAUUCAUGUUUGUGAAAAGUGUGCCGUAACUUUUUCCCCCUACCAGGCGCUUUUGGUGCAUAUCCAGGAACACCACUGGAAUGAUCCACCUCAGGAAACAUUCAGCUGUUCGGUUUGCUCUAAACCUUUUGACAAGCGGCGGCUACUGCAAUACCAUAUCCUGGUAGCCCAUGUGGGUCAGAUACCGUACGCAUGUAAUCAUUGUGGCGAAUGGUUCCGUACCAAAUCACAUCUGAAGCAACACAAAACAAUGUUCCACGAGCGCGCCGCAGGAGAUGCCAACCGGUGUGAGUUUUGCGGUCAAAUUUUCGAAGAGGAACAAAAAGACUCGGUGCAAUAGGCUUACGAAGUGCGUGAAUUUCUUUUAAUGUGUCUACCAAUAAAGUGAUGUAUUUUGA